UGGAAGGGCGCGAGUGUCAACGCCCCCCACCCCGAAAGUCCCCAGCUAGUAUUUUGCUGCUGUUGUUUUUUGGGGGGGCUGAGAGCCGCCCAGGGGAGUUCCCCGAGGCAGGAGGGAAAUAUAUGGAGAUAUUUUUAAGCCAGUCACCCAAAGUGUCUGCUCGGAGGUGCUUCACACACACCCGUUCCUUUCCGAGGAAGCCCCUCGUUUUUUUGGGGGGGGGACAUGCUGUACUCUGUGAAGUGAGGAGUUGACGGGGGUCCCCGGGGUCCCCCACCACGUCCCGCCGAGGAGGUGUCACGGGCUGAGGGGACCCCUGCCACGCCAUCGUCCCCUGCGCCUUCCCUUCCUCCUCACCUCAGCCGCGGCGCGGUGGGCUGGGGGGACGGAGGGGCUGGGAGAUGGAGCCUCAGCACUUUAGUUCUUGCGGCUGCAAAGUGGCUUCGUUUUAGACACAUUUUCAAGGACGUGGGACGAACGGGUGUCCUGGUACCCAGGCACCUUCCAGAUCCGCUCCUCUUACGUCAUUGUUAGUUCAGGUACCCUUGCUAGAACUGCCCAUUUGUGGUGUUGCUGGGAUGCUCUAGUGAUUGUUUUAGGGCAACAAAGAAUUAUUUUUAGCUGUGAAACUGAUAGAAAAAUCGUGGUUCCUUUUUGUAUGUAAGGGUGGCUACUCAAUUUUCCAGCCAUUUGGGAAUCGUAAUGUCGGCUGUAAUGCACCUCCCCCUCCCUGCCCGCCCCAUCCAACAGAUUUUAAGGUGUUAACGUGAACGGUGUUUGUGGCGUCCGCACGUGAUGAAUUAAACAUACAGGUAGCAUUUUCUUAGUGUGACUUCAGACAGAGCGCUUUUGGCUUUCUAGUUUUGGUCAUUUUUUCAAGCCACCUGACCACUGAAUUUUCGCUUUCUCCAGGGAAACUGAAGAAGAUGGAGCUAGGGCCUAGCCCUCAGCCUGCUUUACCACAGGAGUGGGUUGAGAUCCUGGCACCGAGAGGGCUGUAUAGAGUCUUAAUACAGUUUCUGUUUUUCUUGUAGAUGAAGAUAAUUCGGAAGAAGGCUUCCACACGAUUCCUUCGGGAAGGCACGAGUAUGCAUUUAGCUUCGAGCUUCCACAGACUCACCCCAAGCAGGCACGAAAGAAAAGACCCUGUGUUGCUGGUUCUGUACCUCAGGCCCAAUCUCCUUAAGUGCCAAAAUCGAGAGGAAGGGCUAUACCCCAGGUGAAUCAAUUCAGAUAUUUGCUGAAAUUGAGAAUUGCUCUUCCCGAAUGGUGGUGCCAAAGGCAGCCAUUUACCAAACACAGGCCUUCUACGCUAAAGGGAAGAUGAAGGAAGUCAAGCAGCUGGUCGCCAACCUGCGCGGCGAGUCCUUGUCUUCUGGAAAGACAGAGACAUGGAACGGCAAACUGCUGAAAAUUCCACCAGUUUCUCCCUCAAUCCUUGAUUGUAGUAUCAUCCGUGUGGAAUAUUCACUUAUGGUGUACGUGGAUAUUCCCGGAGCUAUGGAUCUGUUUCUUAAUUUGCCACUUGUCAUUGGUACCAUUCCUCUCCAUCCAUUCGGUAGCAGAACCUCAAGUGUCAGCAGUCAGUGUAGCAUGAAUAUGAACUGGCUCGGUUUAUCCCUUCCUGAAAGACCUGAAGCGCCACCCAGCUAUGCCGAAGUGGUGACGGAGGAACAAAGGCGGACCAAUCUGGCACCGGUGAGUGCCUGUGACGACUUUGAGCGGGCGCUUCAAGGACCACUGUUUGCGUAUAUCCAGGAGUUUCGGUUCUUGCCUCCACCUCUAUACUCAGAGAUUGAUCCAAAUCCUGAUCAGUCAGCAGAUGAUAGGCCAUCGUGCCCCUCUCGUUGAAGGAACACGUGGGUGAAUCAAGUUGAUGUAGGUUCUGAACUCUAUCUCUUCCGGCUGAGGACACAGAAGUAUCUUGGAGACACGUUUUCAGAGGAAGUGGAAUGCUUUUGCCCAGAAAAAUGGCGAAUACAUGAAACAAGCAAUGAUGAUGCUCUAGAAGCCUGAACGGCAGCAUCUGGGACUGCUCCAGCAUGCUUGAAGAUCUGAGUUUUCUCCUUUAAGACUGGCACCUACUGAGGGCAGUCUUCUUAGCCUAGGGUCAUAUGUGGCAAGACACCACGUUGCAAAGAGGGAUGAUUUCCUUCUUUUGAUUUGAAAAUUUGCACAUGCUCAAUGCUUAACAUUGUGCGGUUCGAUGUCACUACAGCUUUUUUUUUUUUUUUCAUUUUUGCCAGACUCUUGAUGCUCUUUUAAAACUUGUUUGUGAUCAGCACGACAAGGAACAAAAGAAAGCUUUGAGAAAAAUUUACCAUGAGAAACACGCACUGGCCUUUUGUGUUUUAUUUACUGUAGCCUGGACUUGAUCUGCGUAUGCACAUGCUCGGAAUCGUCCUCCUCGGCUGACCAGGUGUCACCGCCGCAGCUUGGAUCCUCUUGUGGAUUUAUUUACAGACAUCAAAUGCCUUCAAGCCAAUCCUUUCGCUGUAUGUUUUGCAGCCUACUGUAGUAGAUACGCAACAGAUACGUGGGGGGGAAGCAUAAGGGGAGGAGCUAAUAAGAGACUGUCAAGGUUGUAUACCUUCCUGGUUUCUUUUAAGAAUGUGUUGCCUUUCUACUAUUACAGCAAAGCAGCAUUUUGUUACUGACUGCCUAAAAUCACUUAAUCUCAGGUGAACGCAUCACUUGCCAAACUGUUGGAAUGCUAUUUGUGUUUUGUUGCACUGUUGAGUUAUUUUGUUGUUGUUUAUUUGGUUGGCUUUUUGGAGAGGGAAAUUUGGAGACGGGACAUACACAAAAGUGAUAACCCACCCACAUCCCCUUUUUAUCAUUACAUAAAAGAAGAAACUAGCAGAACUAAGAGUGGAUUAUAGAAAGGCAGUGUGGCAAGCACCAGCAAGAGCUGAGGGCUAUUGCUCUUGAAAAUUAUUUUUUUUAUUAUUAUUUUAGAAGUAUGGAAAUUUACCAGUCACUGGGGAAAGUGCAUUUAUUUUUAUAUAGAGCUACUUAAUUACCUCCGGAACACAUAUGUUGGAAAUCAUUUUUGCUGAGGCAUGGUCUUUUAAUGAGCAGGAAUGUAGAAGUUGAGGUUCACAUUGGAGAGCUCAAGUUACACAUUUACUUUGCUACUCCAUCUUGGCGGAGUGUGAGAACCCAAGUUUAUUCCAAAAGUGUAUAACUUCGUGAUUACAAAUGUUGGGAUGUUUGCUGGGGUAGCAGCUUCAGUUGUGUGUGGGAUAAGUGUACAAGUGAAUAAAAAUGCUGUUUCCCAUUACCUAUACAGCAGUUAACGCAAGAAAUCACUUAUUUUGAGUUUAUAUAGAAAAGAUGGGAAAAGCAGUCAUUUAAAGAUAAUUAACAGUUGGCUCAUCACAAAUAUACCAGCAAUCAUAACAUUUGAAACUACAUAUUCCAAGGUACCAAGUGUACUGGUUUUGUUCAUUCAGGAAGAACUCGGCUCUGAUGUUUCUAAUGCAAAUCAGCAUCUCUGAUGUUGCAACAUAUGUGUGAAACGGGUAGUACAUCUAUCCUCCCAUUAACCCCACGUUAAUAAAGUGGCUGAAAAUAACAGUAACUCUGGCUUGGUGCUUGACCUGGUUAAAUACUGUCUUAAAGCUUCAUACAAAACAAAUAGGCUUUUCCAUAAGUGGCCUUUAAGAAAACAUGGAAGAAAAUUCAUGUUUGAAAAAUGCUGACAGGGUGAAGAAAGCCCAGUGUAAAAUGAAUCGCGUUUUAAGUGAUUCAGUUAAAGGGUUGGGCUCCCGUAGCAAACUAAUAUUAGAUAAUAAGGAAAUGGGGGUGAAAUAUUUUUUUAUUGUUGUUAAAUCAUUUUGUGAAUGUCCCCCUCAAAAGAAGCUAAUGGAAUAUUUGGCAUUAAGGGCAUUUGGUGGUUUUGUUUUUGUUUAGGGGGAUUGUCCAGAAAAUCCCUUUUCUCUCUUCUCAUGUCUAAGACUAGGGAACAAUUGUUGAUAUGCAUAGCGUUGGAUUAUUGAUCAUCUUACACUCUUAAAAAUGACACGUGAAGCAAGAACGACCAAUAUUCUGAUCAUUGGCACUGGAUCACAAGUUGUGAUCAUUUUUAAAUUUAUGAAACUUUGUUAAAUAAAGUUUUGUCCACUAAAGUAUUUCCUUACUCUCAUUUUAGAGGCAUUACUUUCUUUUAAAUAUUGGUCAAUUCCUGACAUGAUGUGAGGUUCACAGCUGUAUUCCAGUAUUCAUGAUAGACUCCUGAUUUUUCAAUUAGGAAAAGAUCCAAAAUGUUAGCAAAACAAAGUGCAAUAUUAAAUGUUUGCUUUAUAGAUUAUAUUCUAUGGCUGUUUGUAAUUUUUCUCUUUUUUUUCUUUUUAUUUGGUGCUGAAUAUGUCCUUGUAGGCUCUGUUUUAAGAAAACUAUGUGGGAAAUGAUUUAAUUAUUCCUAUUGCUCUUCCUUGUGGAAAAUAAAGUUUGUUUUUUUUUUCUUUUUUUGUAUAAAA